GCAGCCAAGAUGGCGCUGGCAGCAGCCGUGGCGGCCUGAGCGUCAUGCUCCCGGUCCUCGCCGACGGCGGCGCCCGUGGCCUCGGCCAAGGCCUCGAGUCUCUUCCGGGAGUGAGCGCUCAGGCUCCUCUCCUCUGGCCCGGUUAGUCCGGACAGAGAGGAACAGCGAGAGAGCGGCUGCCCGCUCCCCGGCACCAUGGCUGGGAUCAUCAAGAAACAGAUCCUGAAGCACCUUUCCAGCGUUCCCUGCUGGCUGUGGUGGAGAUUGGUGUGCUGUGAAUUGCAUAACUACCUAAAUGAGUACCAGAAGAGUCUAAGAAACACUGGCAUCUGACUACUUGCUUUCAUCAGGAGUAGGGAGCUUUUGUCUGAAUUUCCUGCCCUCAGAUUUACCAAAAAUUUAUCUCCUGACAAGAUAAAUCUAAGUACCCUUAAAGGAGAAGGUGAGCUGAAGAAUUUGGAGUUAGAUGAAGAGGUGCUACAGAAUAUGUUGGAUUUGCCCACAUGGCUUGCUAUCAACAAAGUUUUUUGUAAUAAAGCAUCCAUUAGGAUCCCAUGGACAAAACUGAAAACACAUCCUAUCUGUUUGUCUCUAGAUAAAGUAAUAAUGGAAAUGAGUACAUGUGAAGAGCCCCGUGCUCCAAAUGGUCCAUCACCAAUUGCAACUGCUUCAGGACAAAGUGAAUAUGGCUUCGCUGAAAAAGUAGUUGAGGGAAUUACUGUCUCUGUAAACUCUAUUGUCAUCAGAAUCAGAGCAAAAGCCUUCAAUGCAUCCUUUGAACUGUCUCAGCUAAGGAUCUAUAGUGUAAAUGCAAACUGGGAACAUGGAGAUUUAAGAUUUACUCGUAUUCAAGAUCCACAGAGAGGAGAGGUUUUGACAUUUAAAGAAAUGAAUUGGCAGAUGAUUCGAAUAGAGGCAGAUGCUACCCAGAGUUCACAUCUUGAAAUUAUGUGUGCUCCUGUUAGAUUAAUAACUAAUCAAUCAAAAAUCAGAGUCACGCUUAAAAGAAGACUAAAGGACUGCAAUGUAAUAGCAACAAAGUUAGUUCUAAUACUGGAUGAUUUAUUAUGGGUCUUAACGGACUCUCAGUUGAAGGCUAUGGUACAAUAUGCAAAAUCUCUUAGUGAAGCAAUAGAAAGAUCUACAGAACAGAGGAAAAGUAUGGCUCCAGAACCUACACAGAGCUCUACAGUAGCCCCAUCUACUCAGCAAGUGAAGACACCACAGACAUCAAAUGCUCCUGAUCUGAAUGAUGCAAUUGUGAAACUAUUCAGUGACUUCGAUGUCAAAGAAACCUCCCAUCAUUUAGUGAUCUCUCACCUAGAUCUCCAUAUUUGUGAUGAUAUUCAUGCAAAAGAAAAAGAGUCAAACAGACGUAUUACUGGAGGUGCUAUGCAACUCUCUUUUACACAGCUGACCAUAGAUUAUUACCCUUAUCAUAAAGCUGGAGACAGUUGUAGUCACUGGAUGUAUUUUAGUGAUGCAACCAAAACAAAAAAUGGAUGGGCCAAUGAACUAUUACAUGAAUUUGAGUGCAAUGUUGAAAUGCUUAAACAGGCUGUGAAGGACCAUAAUGUAGGUUCACCUCCUAAAUCCCCAACUCAUUCCUCUCCCCAGCACACACAAACAGAGAAAGAUUCUACUCUGAAAGGCAGUUCUAGAACAUCUUCGAUAUUAUCUCAACAAUCAAAAGCUAAGCUUAUGUCUAGUUCCGUUGUGGUUAGACUUGCAGAUUUCAAUAUAUACCAGGUGUCUACAGCAGAACAAUGUCGUUCUUCACCUAAAAGUAUGAUUUCCUGCAACAAAAAAUCCUUGUAUCUUCCACAAGAAAUGUCAGCUGUCUACAUAGAAUUCACAGAAUAUUACUAUCCAGAUGGAAAGGAUUUUCCAAUUCCAUCUCCUAACCUGUAUAGCCAGCUGAAUGCACUGCAGUUUACUGUGGAUGAAAGAAGCAUUCUAUGGCUAAAUCAAUUUCUUCUGGACUUAAAACAGAGCCUUAAUCAGUUCAUGGCUGUGUAUAAGUUGAAUGACAACUCAAAAUCUGAUGAGCAUGUUGAUAUUCGAGUGGAUGGAUUAAUGCUAAAGAUUGUCAUUCCUUCUGAAAUGAAAUCUGAAUGUCAUCAAGAUCAACCGCACACCAUUUCUAUUCAGAGUUCUGAAAUGAUUGCCACAAAUACAAGGCACUGUCCAAACUGCCGACAUUCUGAUCUAGAAGCUCUGUUUCAAGACUUCAAGGAUUGUGAUUUUUUUAGUAAAACUUACACUAGCUUUCCUAAGUCUUCUGACAGUUUUCAUCUUCUACAUCCGAUUUUCCAGAGACAUGCCCAUGAACAAGAUACUAAAAUGCAUGAAGUUUAUAAAGGGAAUAUUACUCCUGAGUUGAAUAAACACACUCUUAAAACUUCUGCUGCCACGGAUGUUUGGGCAGUGCACUUUUCUCAAUUUUGGAUAGAUUAUGAAGGCAUGAAAAGUGGGAAAGGAAGACCAGUAAGUUUUGUAGAUUCGUUCCCUCUCUCUUUCUGGAUUUGCCAACCAACAAGAUAUGCAGAGUCACAAAAAGAACUGCAGAAUUGUAAUCAAGUAUCUCUAAAUACAUCCCAAAGUGAAUCUAGUGAUCUGGCUGGCAGAUUGAAGCGGAAGAAGCUCUUGAAAGAGUAUUAUAGUACAGAAUCUGAACCCUUGACAGAUGGUGGUCAGAAACCUUCAUCAGAUACAUUUAUCAGCUUUUCCUCUUCAUCAUCAGAUGCAGAUAUUCAUGUCUUGGUUCAUGUUCAUAAACAUGUUAGUAUGCAGAUCAAUCACUACCAAUAUCUGCUCCUGCUUUUCCUACAUGAAUCACUCAUUCUUCUUUCAGAUAACUUAAGGAAAGAUGUGGAAGCUGUGACUGGCAGUCCUGCCAGUCAGACAUCUGUUUGUAUUGGUGUUUUACUUAAAAGUGCAGAACUGGCUCUCUUGCUACAUCCAGUGGAUCACAUCAAUACUCUUAAGUCACCUCUUUCUGAAAAUGUGAGCCCAAUGGUUCCUGAUUACUUGCCUACAGAAAAUGGAGAAUUUUUACCUUCAAAAAGAAAACAAUUUAGUAGUGGCAUAAAUCAAAUAAGAAGUGUAGCUGUUAAUCAUAUGUCAGACAACAGAUCUAUGAGUGUUGAUCUUAGUCAUGUCCCUUUAAAGGAUUCUUUGCUUUUUAAAUCAGCUAGUGAUACAAAUCUGCAAAAAGGCACUUCUUUUCUUGAGUAUUUAUCAGAUAAGCAUUUAGGGAAAAUAAGUGAAGAUGAAAGUAGUGGGCUUACUUUCAAGAGUGGCUCAGGAGAAAUUGGAUUACAAAUAAGUGACAGAAAAGAUUCAUCUCACGCAGAUUCAAAUAGUGUCUUGAACUACAGAGAAGGCUCAAAAGUGCCAUUUGAUAAUGACAAUAAUCAAAACAUGCUUUCAAAUAGUUUAACUAAUAAAGGAAAUGAAACCAUAGAGUCCAUCUUCAAAGCUGAAGACUUGCUUCCAGAAGCAGCUUCAUUCCCUGAAAGCCUGGAAAUAAGUAAAGAAGAAGGAUCCACAGUUAGAACACUUAAACCUCAGACAUCUUUAAGUGGAAAGCCUAAGGAACGUUGCCUACCCAACCAGGUACCACUCUGUGUUUCUUAUAAGAACAUGAAAAGAAGCUCCUCACAAAUCUCCUUGGAUACCAUUUCAAUUGACAGCAUGAUACUGGAAGAACAGUUAUUAGAAAGUGAUGGAAGUGAUAGUCAGAUACUUUUGCAAAAAGGAAUUAAAAGGAACUCGACUACAAAUUACCAGAGCCCAGCAGAGUGUAUGAAUGCCAGUGCAAACGUGCAAAGUUUUGGGGAAAACUCUCCAGAUGCCAUUAGUACAAAUUCAGAGGGUGCUCAAGAAGCCCAUGACGACCUGAUGUCAGUUGUGGUGUUUAAAAUUACUGGUGUGAAUGGGGAAAUUGACAUUCGAGGAGAAGAUACAGAGAUAUGUCUUCAGGUGAACCAAGUGACACCAAAUCAACUAGGCAAUAUCAGUCUUCGCCACUACCUUUGUAAUCGUCCCAUAGGUUCUGAUCAGAAAUCUACGAUUCAUUCCAAAUCCUCUCCUGAGAUUUCUCUGAGGUUUAAAAGUGGGCCUGGUGCUGUAAUGCACUCUUUGAUUGCAGAAAAAAAUGGGUUUCUGCAAUGCCAUAUAGAAAACUUCAGCACCGAAUUUCUUACAUCUUCUCUUAUGAAUAUUCAACAUUUUUUGGAAGAUGAAACUAUUGCAACAGUAAUGCCAAUGAAGAUACAAGUUUCUAAUACAAAAAUAAAUUUGAAAGAUGACAGUCCUCGGAGUAGUACAACAUCCCUUGAACCAACUCCUGUAACUGUACAUAUUGAUCAUCUUGUGGUAGAGAGAAAUGAUGAUGGCUCUUUUCAUAUUAGAGAUUCUCAUAUGUUUAACACCGAAAACGAUUUGAAAGAAAAUUUCAGUGAUUCAGUGCUGACAGUUGGUGAGAGGUAUGAUCUGAAGAAACAACCCAGUGUCACUCAAGCCACUCAGACCAGCCCAGAUGUUCCUGAGUGCUCAUUUCACUUUACUAAGGAACAGCUCAUGGAAGAGAAUGAAUCUCUUAAACAGGAGCUGGCUAAAGCUAAAAUGGCUCUUGCAGAGGCUCACUUGGAGAAAGAUGCACUUCUUCAUCAUCUAAAGAAGAUGACACCUGAAUAGCGGCAGGAGCCAUCAGAACUCAGGUCACAGCUGUGGAGUAGGAAAGUUCUGUUUACAAUUCAGAUGUUACCAAUCAGUGAAGACUUUCCUUUUCUUGAAAAUAAAAUGAAAUAGAAUAUGGUGACAUUGUGACUGUUCCAAAGCCAUUUUUAGAAAAUUAUUAUGCUAUGAGCAUUACAAUCUUGGUUGUUUUAUAUUUAGGGUUUAACCUUCCUCUUAACUGGUGUGAACUAGGGAAAUCAGCACAUACUAUAAAAUUAUUACAUGCCUAAUGAAAAGAUAUCAUUUCCCAAUUUUAAUAUCAUACACAUUUUUAAAUGAAAAUGGAAACCUGUUGUGUUCAUGCAGAUUGCUGAAUUAAUUUCUAUUUGUUAAUAAUUUAGUGUUACUAGAGUCAGAUGCUUUUAGGGCUAAUGUAAAAUAAAGAGGUUUGCAUUUAAAUGUUAUUAAAAUUAUGUACUUAAAUCUAUAAUUAUUUAAUUACUGUAAAAUUUCUAGUCAGAGUAAUUAUAUAAUUAUUGAGUUUAUGAACUGAAAAAUCUUCACCUUACGGACUUACAAAUUAACUUGAAAUUGUGAAAAAACACUUUUUAAAAUGAUGGUUGAACUGUGGAAGCUACAAUUUUCAACAAAAAGAUGAUACAAAUGUAAAAAUAAAAAGCACAAGUAUUAGAAUAUAUAUCAAGUGACUUAGAAAGCAUUACUUGUACAUUCCUUUAAACAUUUAUUGUUAGAAGAGUAAUUUAACUAUCCUGCUAAAUUUGACAUUUGUUUACUAUAAAAAUUUUAAUUAAUACUAUUUAUUUUAUUUCUUUACCUUUCCUCUUUAAGAAGAAUGGUUUUGGAGAAUUUGCUUUUCACACAUAUAAAACAAUUUCAUACCAUUGUAUCAUUUUAAUGGGUAUUUGCACAUUCUGAAUUUAUAAAGCUAGUUUUGAUUACAGUUCUAUAUGAUAUAUAUGUGUGUAUAUGCACACAUACAUAAAAUCUAUAGUGAGUGUCAUUGGUAAAUUUUGAAUUCUAUUUUCUAGGGACCAAUGUUGAAAACAUGAGAGAAUGUCAACUAUCAUGUUUAAUGAAAUGAAAGUAUGGUAGUGUUUAAGAAAAACAGGCUUUUGGAAAAGGAUUUAAGGUAUAUUUCCAAUAGAAUGAAACUAAAUGGUGUCUAUUUUAAAAAUUGGUAUUUUUUUCUUUUAUAAAAAUAUGUAUAUAUAUAUACUUAAGGUAUACAGUGUGAUGUUUCGGUAUACACAUAAUGGGUUGAUUAGUCAAAUUAAUAUAUACCUAUCAUCUCACAGCUAACUUUUAAAAAGUUGACAUUCUUAAACACAUCUAAGUAGAAAAUGAAAUAGUUGUAAUUGCUUUCUUUAGGAUAUGUGAGAAUUCUAAACCACAUUGCAACACUCGAUGGUGCUUUGUUUGGCAUGACUUAGCUGUUCGUAUACUGAAUGCUUGGGAGAAGUACCUAUUUCAUUUAUAUUAAGUUAAAGUGGGGGGUGAUUUAGGUAUUCCUGAAAAUAGUGCUAAGUAACUUCCUCACCUUUUCUGUCAUUUUAAUUGACCUGAGUUAGAAAUACAUAUGCUGUUUGGGAAGCUGAGGUCAGCAUAUACUGUUAAAAGUUUAACUUUGGAUUAUUUUAAAAAUUGUGUUAAACCGUAUUAAUCUAAAACUGUAUAAUAGCCAUAGCAUCAAUGCAAAGAUUUAGGUAAAGAUUUUUAAUGUAUAGCUUAGGUUGUUUUAUUUGUAUAGAUACAUAAGCUGUAGCAAAGGCUGCCUCUCACUGAAAAAAAGGACUGAUGAUACAUUCAACUUCUUUUGAGCCAAUUGUGUUGAUCUCAAGAUUGACUUUUCUAUAUAAAUUUCAAUUUUUGUAUGGUAUAUUAUAAUUUGUUAAUAUUAUAGAAGCUAAAUAUUUCCUUAUUCCUUUUCAAGGUACAUGGCCUUCCCAAGCAAAUCAUUAACAACAAAGAUGAUAAUAUUUUGAUCAUUGAGUAUGCUUUGUUAGAUUUCUUUUAAUUUAUAAGGGAUUUUUUUAAUAGAACUUUAAAUAUCAUGAAACACCUCCAAAACAUUACCCAAUGUAGUUCCUACAGCCAACCUGAGAAGUAUAUAAUAUUUGUUUUUGGGGGAUUGGGGAAAGAAACAACAAAACCAACAAUAAACCCUCAAGACAGGAAGAUUACGUGAGUCAGCUAGACCCACAGUCAGGCUUUUGACUUAAAGCCCAGUUAUGUGCUUUUAUUUUAGCUUCAUUAAUUCACAGAUUUGCUGGGUCAGGACUAGGGGAAGAAUCACUGUCUUACCUGUUUGCCUUUUAAGAGUACUAUAAUAUUUUUAGUGUGUAUUCAGACUACUUGAAAAGUAAUGGGACUAUUUUUGCAUCAAGGAAGUUAAUCUCAAAGUAUUUAACAGGGUGAGAAAUAUAGGAAAUUACUACUAAUUAGAAAUUUGUCAUCUUAAAUUGUGUUGGUUAUUACUCUAACAGGUAGAUGCUAAUGAUCAGGGAUUGGAAAUAGCAAUUGUGUUUUGCUUUUUUAUUUUUCUUUAGGAGAGCUAUGUUUUUAAAAUUUUUAAUUGGUAAGUAAAGGUAAAAAUCUUUUAUGAUAUGAUGUUUUUGCUAUUGGUAUUUAUGUGGAAUGGCUAAAUCAAGCUAUUUAACAUUCAUAUUACCUCACUUUUUUGUAAUACUUAAAAUCUAUUCUCACCAGUUUUCAAAUAAAUAGCAGCAUAUUGUUAUUGGCUGUAGUCACAGUGAUGUAUAUAGAUCUCCUAAAUUUAUUCCUCCUAACUGAAAUUGUGUAUGCUUUGACAAACACCUCCCUACUCCAAAUCCCUACAGCCCUUGGUAACCACCAUUUUAGUAUCUGCUCCUAUGAGUACAACUUUUUUGCAAUCCACAUAAAAGUGAGAUCAUGCAGUGUUUGUGUCUCUAUGCCUGGCUUAUUUCACUUGGAAUCAUGCUCUCUAGGUUCAUCCACGUUGUCAUAAAUGGCAGGGUUUCCUUUAUACAAAAGGCUGAGUAUGCCUGUAAUCCUAGUUGAAAACUGAUACUGAGGUUUGAAGCCAGCCCAUGUAGAAAAGUCUGUGAGACAACUUUAUCUGCAGUUAAACAGCAAGAAUCCUGAAAUAAGGGUGUGGUUCAAGUGGUAGAGUGCUAUCACAAAAGCCAAAAUGAGCAGGAAGCCCCCAGUUAAAGCUAUAGUAUUGGCACAUGCGUGCGGAUGCAUGUGCUCUCUCUCUCUCUCUCUCUCUCUGUCUCUCUCUCUCUCUCACACACACACACACACAGGCUGAGUAGUGUUCUGUUGUGUAUGUAUUCCACAUUUCCUUUAUCCAUUUACUAGUUAACAUUUAGAUGAUUUAUCUUGUGGCUACUGUGGAUAUUGCUGUAGUGGACACAGGAUUGCUGACAAAUUCUUAAACACACUAUUUCAUAUUCUUUGGAACUGUAUCCAGUAGUGAGUGAGAUUGCUGGAUCAUAUGUUCUAGUUUUGACUCAAUUUUUGAGGUGCCCUCACACUAUCAUAAUGACUGUAAUAUUUUACAUUUCUCUCAACAGUACACAGGGGUUGCCCUCUUUCCACAUUCUUAUCAACACUUGUUAUCUUGUUUU